AUGGAGAAUCUCAUGAAUACACCCCUCACGGCGGUUUUGGGUCCACCGCCAGCAGCUGUGGAUCUCAGUGAGGACCGGAAAUGGAGAGAUACUGCUGCCGUUCUUACUAUCUCCAUUAUUGCGGUGAUUGCCGUCGUGAUCAGGUUCAUUGUGCGGCUCAGAAGCCAAAAGGCAAGGCCAUUUCUUGAUGAAUGGCUUGUUGCAGUGACCUUGAUUCCUAUGCUGGUCCUCUUGGCUGCUUCAUUAGCCGGUGGCCAUUAUGGAGAGGGAAAACAUGUCUGGGUCGUGACCAUCGGUGCCAUGGUGAAAAUGAAGAAGAUUUUGUUCGCCUAUCUCUUUAUUUAUCUAUUUGAGCUGUUCCUCAUCAAGAUAUCCAUUCUGGCCUUUUACCGCCGUAUUUUAGGGAUGAACUGGUCGAUUUGGAUCUGCCUAUUUCUAACGAUAGGAUGGACAGUAGGAAGCAUGAUUGCACUCCUAGUCAGUAGUGACCCAGUCGCUUAUUUCUGGACGUCAACCUACGAUCCAAAGUCCGGCUAUUAUCGAUACAAGUUUUACGGCUACUACAUCGGUAACGCUGCCUCAAAUGUCGUCGUUGCUGUCUUGAUUCUGCUCAUUCCAGUACCGGUGAUAUGGAGAUUAAAGGUGCGAAUGAAGCAAAAGGUCAUGAUAACUAACCUCUUCCUCAUUGGUGUCUUUGUAUGCAUUGCCAGUAUUGUUCGACUCCACUACCUCGCAUACCUCAAUGGAAAUUUGGAUAUCACAUGGGUCAUGAGCAAUAUCUCCAUCUGGUCCACCGUGGAGCCUUGCCUUGGCAUAAUCUGUGCUUGUCUACCAGCCCUACAGCCACUCGUCCGAUCAUUCAUGAAAGCAGAACAUUUGCUUUACUUUCGAAGAAGAUUACGCCACAGCAAUAGAAUUGGUCGGGUCAAUCGGUUACGAAAGGUUACAAGCAAUACCAGCUGCAGUAACAACAGCCACAGUCUGUCAAACACAGGCUUUCGAGAUACCGAGCGCGAGCUUGGCCUGAGGGCGUUUGAUGACGAAGUUCAUCUUACAUCGUGUGAGACACAGAUCGAGUCCGACCAGUGCCGUAAGGAAAGAGAAAAUUUGGAAGAGUUCCUUUUUCCCACGUUCGUUCGUGUGGAGCGCGAGGUUGAAUGA